AUGCCGGAAGUGUAAAGGAAAUCCAAGAUCACUGCCUCCCGCAAACUCAUGCUCAAGAGCUUGAUGCUAGCCAAGGCUAAGGAGUGUUGGGAGCAGGAACACGAGGAGCGAGAGGCCGAGAAGGCACGCUACCUAGCAGAGCGCAUCCCCACACUGCAGACCCGUGGCCUGUCCCUCAGCGCCCUUCAGGACUUGUGCCGAGAGCUCCAUGCCAAGGUGGAGGUGGUGGAUGAGGAACGAUAUGAUAUUGAAGCCAAAUGCCUCCACAACACGAGGGAGAUUAAGGACCUGAAGCUCAAGGUGCUGGACCUCCGAGGGAAGUUCAAGCGUCCACCCCUGCGCAGGGUUCGUGUCUCAGCCGACGCCAUGCUCCGAGCUCUACUGGGCUCCAAGCACAAGGUGUCCAUGGACUUACGGGCCAACCUCAAGUCUGUGAAGAAAGAAGACACAGAAAAGGAGCGGCCAGUGGAGGUGGGAGACUGGAGGAAGAAUGUGGAAGCCAUGUCUGGCAUGGAAGGCCGCAAGAAGAUGUUUGAUGCAGCCAAGUCCCCAACCUCCCAAUAGAGGUGCCUCGAGAGCUCUUCUGCCCCGGGCACUCAGAAGAAGUUGGCUUGCUGUGUGGCACUCUGGGGUCGUGCUUUGGUCUCCUCCCAGCCCCACCCACCUGUCUUUCAGCCCAUGCCUGGAGCAUCCCUGCUAUGCCCUCCCUCCAGCCUAUAUGCCCACCUCUGGA